AUGAUAGGAUACGAUAGUCAGGAGCAUCAUCCUCAGUUGGGUCUGUUUCCUGGGAUUGAUUCCAAUGUUUCAUAUCCUUCACAACAAGGCUUUGACUAUCGUCAUUGCAACUACGCGGGUUAUCCUCCUCCGACAGCGUUUGCGGCUUUUGGAGAAGAGAUGAAAGGAGCCAAGGGAGAAGACAGUAGCUUUCCUGUUCGUCUGCAUUAUCUGCUGGAUGUGCUACAGCAGGAUGGGUUGGCCCAUCUUGCUUCUUGGCAACCCCAUGGAAGAUGCUUUGUUGUCCACAAUCCUGAUGAUUUUGCUGAGAAAGUGUUACCUCUAUGGUUUCGUCAGAGUAGAUUUGGAUCUUUCCAGAGGCAGCUGAAUUUGUACGGCUUCAAGCGCCUCAAGCAAGGUCGCGACAAGGGCGGAUACUACCAUGAUUCUUUCCUGAGGGGAUACCCGCAGCUUGCGCACGACAUUAAACGUGCCAAGACCAAGAAGGCCAAGUCAUCGGACUCUGAGGAGGAACCUGGUGAACCCAAUUUUUACUCGAUCCCCUUCCUCCCAAUCACAUUUCCCGCGGCUCUGAUCCGCAACGCUCCUCCGCCCCCUGCGAGUGUUCCUGUCUCCCAGGCAUCCAAGGAGAACGUGUUUGCGCAGCCGCGGCAACAACCUGGACAAGGAGUUCCGGCAAUGCACUAUAUGCCUAUUAUCCAUGUGCCUGCUGCUGUUAACGAAGAGGAAAAGCCGCCUAUGGCCCAGCAGGCUCCCCCCCCGGCGUCAUACAGGGACUCUUUCCUCGAGCUCAACGUGCCCUUGCUUCAGACAAAGCUUUUUGCUUCGCCUCAGCCCCCGUCCUUGCCCGCGUGGUUGCCUGUAGCAAGCAAGGCGCAAGAAAUCCAAGAAAAUGUGAACAGGGACGACGUAGCUUCUCCAUCCCAAAGCACCACGACAACCACCACCAUGUGA